UUAUCUUCAGAAUGUCAGUCCUCAUUAGGAAAUGACAUUCCUAAUGUUGUUUGUCUGAUGUACAAUGUUUAGGACAUGUGUUGCCGCUCCUGGAAGAGUCUCUGUUGUGAAAAUUCAGUGGUUUUGAAACUUUAUUUUAAAAAGUCCAGAUGGGUAUGUGCUGUUCCUCUUUUUAGAUGUAAAACAUCCUGAACACACCCCUUCCUUCUUCUCUACAUGUUUCUCCUUAGAGAGUUCUUUACACACCCAGGUUCCACUUAACCAAGCAAGAUGAAGAAAUGCUCCACUCCUAUUAAUGGUAAUGGAGAUAUAGCCUCUGCUUUUCACAGCUCUGUUAAAAUGAGAGAAAAAGUGUGUCAUGUAAAUACCGUCAGCAUCAGAGCACAGAGCAGAGAGAGACCAGGGCCCAGAUGUCCAACAACACGCAGCCACGUCCCCAGAGAGCGACUGAACUUGACAUCCAACGUGAGCUUGUGCUCUCAUCAGAGACGCUGGUCAGUUGACCUCAUUAAAUGCCAGACACUGCCUGUCAUCAUGGUGAGGAAGAACAAGAAGGAACCUGACCCUCCUCAGCGCACUGCUUCCCUUCUGCGACUAGACACAUCCUCGCAUUCGUCUUUCAAGCGAUACUCAUGCCCCCCCAUUGGGAUCUUUUCAUCGACAUCUUCCUCUUCUUCCUCCACCUCCUCCUGUUGUUCCCCAACUUCUGUUCCCACAUCCGUCAUCAUCGGCCCAGAUCCUUUAGGAUGGAAAAUACAACCCAAAUUCAGGUCUAACUCCUCUCAGAACCGCACCAAGAGGCUGUCUCUGCAAAUCCCUCUUCCUACUCUCCCUACUCCCAGCUCUCCAAACCUGGAACCUUCAUCUCAAACCAAACCUCAACUGAAACCCAAACCUUCCCGCCGCCACCACUCCGAGUCCUCUGCCUUCCUGAAAUCGCUCGGAAAGACUCUGCCUGUGGUGACUCUUGAGCAGCUCCAUGCUGUGCAUCUCCGGCGAGUUAGCCUUUCCGAUGAAUCGGACGACGUCUUUGAUGAGCCGGGUCAAAGCCAGGGAAGGGUGACUGCUUCACCCCGGAAAAUACCGCCCUCUGUCCCAGAGAAGACAGCCAUGGCCAGGAAAAUAGCCCAGCUGAUUGCUUGUUCAAGGAAGCCUGACAGGCCAGUUACAGCCAACAUCAACAAGAUCACUGCAAUGAAGCCAACGUCUGAACACUGGCAGAAUAACGGCCAUAACAACAUGUGUGCCACAAAAAUGGCCGAGCUGCAUCUUGAUAACAUCUGCAACAGGAACAGGUGAACCCCACGCUUCCCCGGCUGUGAAAUGUGAGGAGAUAACUGAAGAGUCUCCUCCUCAGCUUCACAAAUUACGACCACAGGGUGUAAAGCCGAGAGAACAAACUGUCCCCGAAGACAAGUUCAGUCAAGUUUUCCUUUUUUAUGGUUUUAUGCUCUAAGGAUUAAUAUUGCUGAAACUGUUGAAGCCAAAAUUGUGUCAUUACUGCAAUAUUUUACUUUUUUUGCCCCCCUAAAGCAUCUGUGCCUUCUUGCAAUUGCAGUCUAUGUUUUGUUUGUGAAAAUUAUUGGUGUGACUGAAACUGUUUGUACAAGCCCAGGUAUGCAAUUACUUUUGAAUUAAACUUAGUCAAAUUUGUUUGUUUAUAUGCAAUUACCUCAUCUGAGUUGAACAAAAAGUCUGAAAUAAAGAUAAUGAGGCGUCAUGAUUUAACUACUGUUUGUAGACAUGUCAGAUUAUGUGUGUGAAAAACACCGCAGAUUCCCUUUAUCAUUAAAAACAAUAUGGAACAAUAUGAGAAUGCUGAAAUUAUCCAGCAAAAAUUAGCUUUUUAUGAAUAAGAUUUCAAACUAAAUCCUAAUGUGCACAACCCGAGUUAACAAUAAAUUUGACUUUGCACUUCCUAGAGGGAUAACAUUUUUCUUCACAGUGUAAUAACUCUGGGAGGUGUAGAUAACCACCUAAAUGUUAUUAACACAUUAAUCCUCAUCUACACUUUAAUUCCCGUACAUCCAGGACCCACUAACCCAGAGUGGGUGAUAAGAUUGUAAAGAACCGUUUUAGGGAGAAGAAAGUUGUUAAUAAGCGUAUGAAGCUGUCUGUUGCCCCGCGGCUUCCUCAGAAAGUGACAAUGAAACUUUAAACAAGCUUCAGAGGCGGUUAAGUUCAAAACCUCCACUCUGACAGAAACAUCUGUCUCUACCUAAAUAUCAUGCUACAUAUUGAAGCUUUAAAGAGAAGCCAGAAAGAUUUCCUUCCCUUUUCAGCCUCGUCACCAAAUUUUUGUAGCUUUCAUUGGUGUGGAAAAAAAACAUGGAACAGUGGUGAACCUUCCCAGGACCGGAUGUCUCACCAACGUUACCAAGGAUGCAGCGAUAAGAAAAUAUGAGCU